UGCUCGCGAGGACGCCGCCGAGCGCCCCCUGGAGCGGGCGGCUCGCGAGCGUCUGCGUGUGACGUCAGCGCGUCAGCUGCUCAGUGUUGACGCGCGGCGGUGCGCUGCGCUGGGAAUGAAGGAGCGGACGGUGAAACGCGGUAUAAUCGCAGCGGCAGCGCGUGAGCACGGGAACCCGCAGGUGAAAUUCGCGCUGUGACGCCGGGGUUAACGGGCGACACGUCGCCCGCGCCGCUUUGCCUUCUCCCUGCCUGUUGCAUGAACCGCGCUAGUAACGGACGGAGAUCGUCUUCAAAAUUUGUUUCUCCCGUCGACGACGGCGCCGUCGUCUCUCUCUCUCCGUCCAGUCCAGGUUGCUGUUCUGCUGCUGGCGGCGGUCGGGUCCGGGAGGGACCGGGCAGGUUUCUGCACUUGCAGAAAGUAAUCCAGCAGUUGUACUUCAGCCAAGAUGGGAGGAGCUGUGAGCGCCGGGGAGGACAACGACGGGCUGAUUGACAACCUGAAGGAGGCGCACUACAUUCGCUCCGACCUUGUAGAGAAGGCCUUUAGAGCCAUCGACCGCGCCGACUAUUACCUGGACGAGUUCCGUGACAAUGCCUACAAGGACCUGGCCUGGAGGCACGGCAACAUCCACCUGUCUGCCCCGUGCAUCUACUCCGAGGUGAUGGAGGCCCUGGAUCUGCAGCCGGGACUGUCUUUCCUCAAUCUGGGCAGUGGCACAGGCUAUCUCAGCACCAUGGUGGGCCUCAUUCUCGGUCCAUUUGGCGUCAAUCACGGGGUGGAGCUGCAUGCGGAUGUCAUCGAGUACGCCUACCAGAAGCUGGAUUUCUUCAUCAAAACCAGCGACAGCUUUGACAAGUUCGAGUUCUGCGAGCCGUCCUUUGUGGUCGGGAACUGCCUGGAGAUGGGCCCUGACUGCAGGCAGUACGACAGGGUUUACUGCGGAGCUGGGGUGCAGAGGGAGCACGAGAGCUACAUGAGGAACCUGCUGAAGGUGGGGGGUAUCCUGGUCCUGCCCUUGGAAGAGAAGCUAACAAAGAUCACCCGCACGGGGCACAACACCUGGGAAACAAAGAAGAUCAUUGCCGUGUCCUUUGCUCCGCUGGUGCUGCCAAAAAGUGGCGAUAAUUGCAAGUCCAAAAGAGUUCCUUUACCGAUGUUCGAAGUGCGGACGCUGCAGGACUUGGCGCGCAUCUGCAUACGUCACACGCUGAAGAAGACGUUGAGCCCGGAGCCGGAGCGCAGGGUGGGAGGGGGCCGGCGGGCGCAAGUCGGGGCAUCCAGGAACGGGCCGCGCUUCAAACGCAGGCGUCUGCACCGGCGGCGCGUCGAUUCCGUGCUCCUGGCCAGCAAGCACGCCUUCGUGAGCCGCAUGGUCUCGGGCCCCAUCGAUGACAACAACAACUGCGAUGAGGUCGAGGAGGACCAGGCGGACCAGGCCGUGGCCAAUGACCCCGGCCACGAUGAGGUCGAGGAAGAAGAAAAGGGAAGCAGGGAUUUUGGGUCACAGCCUGCCGCUAACCAGCUGCGGGAAAAGAUUCUCAGCCUGCCUCUGCCCGAACCCCUUAAAAUGUACUUGCUCUACUACAGGGAGAAGUAGAGCGAUCUUCUGAAGCAGGCUGAAGUGGAAUGGAAAGUGAACGGUGGUACCGAGAGCAUUUCACUGCUGCAGGUACAGCUAAAUGGCUCCUUCACGCUUGUUCUCUCCUUUCCUGUUCUAUCAAGGCACAAAUGCGUUUUUAAUUUAUUGGGUGGAUUGGAUUUUUUUUCUCCCCUCUCCUCUUAAGUGGACUGGCACACACCCCGUCUUGGAAAAUUUUCUUGAUUUUUGCAUCAUUCUUGGAGAUGCUGGAAGCAGAAUGUCUUCCUGUUCCCAGUCUGUUGCACCUGGUUUGUGCUGAGUUUGGAGUCACCUGGUGCCAUCUGGGCUGCAGGAACCCCUCCCAAACUCAAAAAUGCCCCCAGCUCUUAGGAGUCAGUGUUACCAGGAUACACACUGUGUUUUAUCCAUCUAACACUCAACUUUACUCAACAUUGUCUAACUAUCGCUGCAAUGGAAAAAGGACAAGAAACUAUAUGGCUGCUCCAUCUUCAUGUGAUCAUAAAGAGAAGACCAAAAAGAAAGCGCUGUUUUAAAAAAAAAAAAAAAAAAAAAAAACUCUUUGUAGCAAACGGACCAGCUGUGUUCUCAGUGUUUGUGCUGUGGGGUGGUUCCUGCUGUUUUUUUUUUUCUUUCCUUUUUUCCUUCUGAAAACAUAUGACUAGACAUUUCUUGUGAUUCUGAAUAUGUGGGAGUGUUGAAUCCAGCAGGAGAAGAG